UUGAAUAAUUAAAUGAAAUGAAAUAAAAAUAUAGAUGUGUACAAGAUAUGCAAGUAUUCCAGCCUAAAUUGCAUAUUCAGACAAUUUAAUGAAUUAUUCAAGCACUUCAGAGUUGGAUUGCAAUUUAUUUAAGCCCCAUCCUGAUCCCUAGAGCUGAAGACCUCUGCUCAUUCUUUUUUUAAAUAUUAAUCUGAAAGCGAUUUGCUUUUACUCUCCUGAGACAGAUUAAAUGCAUCAUGAGUUUCCUAACUGUGCAAUGUAAUUGGACGAAUCAUCCUACAGCAUCCAUCCACUGGCACACCUAGAAAUGGGAUCAGGAAUGAGAUUGUGUCACAUUCUCACUCAAGCUGCCAUAUAUUUAAAACUGUUGUGACAAACUAAGCACUUAGUGCUUAGUGCUUAGUUCUGCGUUCGACACCAUAGAUCAUGACAUACUCAUAGAUCGAUUACAAAACUAUACAGGUAUUCAAGGGCAGGCUCUAAGAUGGUUUAGAUCCUACCUGUCCGAUCGCUACCAUUUUGUUUAUUUAAAUGGGGAGUCAUCUCAUUUAUCAUCAGUAAAAUAUGGAGUGCCACAAGGAUCCGUCCUAGGUCCCCUUCUAUUUUCAAUAUAUAUGUUGCCCCUUGGUAAUAUUAUUAGAAAAUACGGAAUUAGCUUCCACUGUUAUGCUGAUGAUACUCAGCUAUAUAUCUCAACGAGACCAGAUGAAACUUCCCAAUUAUCUAAGCUAACAGAGUGUGUUAAAAAUGUAAAAGAUUGGAUGACACACAAUUUUCUCCAAUUAAAUUCGGAUAAGACAGAGAUACUAAUUAUUGGACCAAAAAACACUACACAGAAUCUUGUAGAUUACAAUCUGCAACUAGACGGAUGUACUGUUACUUCCUCUACAGUCAGAAAUCUGGGUGUUAUAUUAGACAGCAAUUUGUCUUUUGAAAAUCAUAUUUCCAAUGUUACAAAAACUGCAUUCUUCCAUCUUAGAAACAUUGCCAAGCUACGAAACAUGUUAUCUGUUUCUGAUGCAGAAAAGCUAGUUCAUGCAUUCAUGACCUCUAGACUGGACUAUUGUAAUGCACUUCUAGGUGGUUGUCCUGCUUCGUCAAUAAACAAGCUACAGGUAGUCCAAAAUGCAGCAGCUAGAGUCCUUACCAGGUCAAGAAAAUAUGAUCAUAUUACCCCAAUUUUACAGUCUCUGCACUGGCUACCUAUUAAGUUCCGUAUCAGUUACAAAUUAUCAUUACUUACCUAUAAGGCCCUAAAUGGUUUAGCUCCAGCGUACCUAACUAGCCUUCUACCACGUUACAACCCAUCACGCACCCUAAGGUCACAAAACGCUGGACUUUUGGUCGUUCCUAGGAUAGCAAAGUCCACUAAAGGAGGUAGAGCUUUCUCACAUUUGGCUCCAAAACUCUGGAAUAGCCUUCCUGAUAAUGUUCGGGGUUCAGACACACUCUCUCUGUUUAAAUCUAGAUUAAAAACACAUCUCUUUCACCAAGCAUUCGAAUAAUGUAUCUUUUUAAUUGUGAGUGUAGUUGCAUCUGUUCAAAGGUGCAUUUUUAUUCAUUAACUUGGGUUAAACUAAUUUUACUUUGUUGGAUCAGCAGCUAUGCUAAUGAUGUCUGUAUUUUGUUUCUAUGUUUCGCCACGGGAUUUACAUCCCGUGGUAACUAGGAUUUAAACAAGCUCCAGUCUGGAUCCAGAACACCUGAGAAGAGAUGAUGCUGACCCUCAGAGGACCCCAGAUGAUGCUACCUUGAAUCAACAAACAGAACUAACAAUUAUUGCUAAAUGUGUGACUGAAUCAUAUAAUAACUUAAUUAAUAAUAUUGAUAGUUCAUCGUCUAGCUGACUACGUCUUGUAUUAUUAUUAUUAUUUUUAUUUUUUCUAAAAUCCUGUCAAAUGUGCACAAACUACUAGCUACUACUAAAUAUUGUAGAAACAUAAUUUUCUGUAAAGUUGCUUUGUAACGAUUUAUUUUGUAAAAAGCGCUAUACAAAUAAACUUGAAUUGAAUUGAAUUGAACAAACUGCCAGAUAAUAAGCGUUUUACCUGUUUACACGGCUUAGGUGAGUGUGAUUCUGACAUGGUGCCAUUUACCCUGAUUGAUGGCGAUGCCUCGCUUAUGGAGAUGUUUGCCGUUCAUGGCUUCUUGUCAGGGAAGUAUAUUGUAGCCAUGGGUGCUGUCGCAGGACUCACUGGCAUCCUGCUGGGAUCUCUGUUCCCUAUGCCCAAAGACAUCUAUGCCAUGGCCGGAGAUGGUCUGCUCUUCAGUUUCAGUGUGCACCAGGUUCCUUUCCUUUGUGAGUCCGCACACAGAGACUCCUGUGCUGUAUCAGGCUCUCAGGCUGCUCUGUUGGCUCUCCUGGUGAGUCUGAGGGACCUGAUCGAGAUGAUGUCCAUCGGCACGCUGCUGGCCUACACACUGGUGUCGGUGUGUGUGCUGCUUCUGUGAUAUCAGCCAGAUAGAGAUGGCUUUACCAGUUUCCUCACCAAAGAGGAAGAGGAGGAAAUGAUUGCAGCUAGUGAGAAGGACAUGAACUCACCUGGUGGAGAAGAAUACGCCAACAACCCCUGUGGAGCCAAGAACCUCCCCUCCAAAGGAGAUGACACUGUUUGAAAAGUUUCUCGGGGCUACCAGUCGGUUAGUUCCGGCUACGGCAUUGGAGAGAUUGGCAUUGAGGUGGAUGAUAGUUUCUUGAAACGCAUAUUGGGGUCCCAUUAUUACACUAUUCAGAGGCGUUUGGGCCUGCCGAACUUAGGCGAUAGGCCCACUCCUGCCACAGGACGCACUGUUCCUGUCCUACUUUUCUUCAUCUUGACCUUCUUUAUCUGGAUUCCUUGUCAUCUAUGGCUUCGACCGGGUCUCAGGUGGAGCUCGCUGGGCAAUGUUACCUUUUAUAAUGACUGUAAUUGUCCUCAUGGUUACUUUGGUUAUUACUAUUCUCCGGCAGCCUGAGAACCCUAAAAAGCUGCCUUACAUGGUGCCCUGUGUGCCUUUUGUUCCCACCGCUGCCAUGCUGGUGAACAUUUACCUCAUGCUCAAACUAUCCAGCAUCACCUGGGUGCACUUUGUGGUGUGGUGCUCACCAGGUAGGGCAGAUCUUCUCCUACAUGCACUCCAUUUUAGAGUUGUGCGAUUAAUGAAAUUAUAAAAUUGCAAAGACUGUGAUAUCAUUAUCAAAAAAGAAAGUGUGGCUUUGGUUCUACAAUGAAAUAUUACAUUAGUUAGAUAUACUUUUAUUAUAAAUAUA